AUGAUGGAAAACUUCACCUACAACAGCUUCAUGUUACAGCUUGAGGGAUUGAAUGUCCCAGAAGAUUCUAUGCACCAUGUGUUUGUUGUUAUCUUUUUAUCCUACUUAUUUAUAAUGUUUGCAAAUAUAGGCAUUGCCGUUCUGGUUUGCAUGGACAACAACCUUCACCAGCCCAUGUAUCUACUUUUGUGUAACCUGUUAUUCAGUGAUUUACUUGGAAACUCUAUCUUGGUGCCCCGUCUGCUUAUGGACAUGUUGAGGCCUCCCUCUGAGCGCAUCAUCAGUUAUUACGAAUGUGUGCUACAAGCUUUUACUACACACAUGUUUGGUACCACAGCUCACACAGUGCUCAUGAUUAUGGCUUUUGAUAGAUAUGUGGCUAUCUGUAAUCCUCUGCGCUAUCAUACAAUAAUGACAAACAAGAUGGUGAUCAAGCUGACAGUUUCUGCCUGGGGAGUAGCCUUGGUUUUGGUCGGGAUUCUUCUCGGUCUGACCAUACGCCUGAAUCGAUGCAGGACUAUGAUUGAAAGCCAUUACUGUGACAAUGCUGCACUUUUUAAACUGUCCUGUGAUAAUGUGUUUAUUAAUAAUGUCUAUGGCCUCACUUUCACUGUAGUCCUGUUCACAGCUUCAAUCGGCACUAUGGUUAUCACCUAUACUAAGAUAACUGUAGUCUGUCUCACCAGUAAGAGCAAGUCUUUGAACAUUAAAGCCUUGAAGACCUGCAGCACUCACCUGGUUGUGUAUCUAGUCAUGAUUUUUAGUGGGAUGUCUAUUAUUGCUCUGCAUCGUUUCCCUCAGUAUACAUACUACAGAAAAAUGUGUACUGUUUUUUUUCAUAUCGUUCCCGGCAGCCUUAACCCCAUCGUUUAUGGUCUCCAGUCAAAGGAGAUACGAAUGUUUUUUUCCAAUAUCUUUAGAUCCAAGAAAGUUUUUGCAAAGUAG